AUGAGCGUAGAAGUGCUGGACGGAGCUACGAUCCGCAACUUUGUCGAGGAUGAAGUGGCCUUCAAUUUGUCGGUCGAGGACCGGUUCGUCAGCCUCGAUACCGACCAUGAUGGCCUGCUCUCGUACGCGGAGAUGGUGAGGGAACUGACGAGCCUUAGAGUGCUCGAGACCGACUUCGGCGUGGAUGAAGUGGGAUUGAACCCUGACGAGCUACUUCAGGUCUACCGUGGCUUGUUUGCUCGGUUCGAUCAUGAUGGCAAUGGAACGGUGGACUUGGAGGAGUUUCGGGCCGAGAUGAGGGAGUUGACGCUUGCUGUGGCAAAUGGGCUCGGAUUCUUGCCAGUUCAGAUGGUGGUGGAGGAGGGAAGCUUCCUCAAGAGGGCUGUAGAGAGAGAGAGUUGGCUCAGAAACUCACCGUUUGAGCUGAUAACUGCUGGAGAAUUUUUCAGCUCCCUUUCUUGA